AUGCAGUACGAAAGGUUUCUUAAUUACUUCUUAAUCUUGACGCUCUUUUUGUGUUACGCGAAAUGCAACAAUACAAAUGUUGAAGACGUCGAUGAUUUCCAACAAACGUCGAUGAUGUUAGAAAAUGCGGAGAUGAGAAUCAAAACGGCUUUGAAGUCUGUCUUAAAGCGCAGUCUUCCUUAUCUGAUGAGAAUUUUCGAAGAAGUGAACGUAUCUUCACCUUGCAUGAAGUCUUCCGUUCUCUUCCUGAAAGACUUGAUGAAGCUGAAAGAAUGGCCUCUUCGAAUGAUUGAUUCUUUUGGAAAAUUACCGGCAGGAAUGUUAGGAAUGACACAGUGGAUGUCAGGAGAUUAUGACCAGUGUUUGGACAUAGAAAUUCCUCAAGAUAAAAAACAGAUUACCGAUAAAGAAAAGGAACAGAUUCGAGGCAAAUACUGUGCCCUGACAAUUGGAAUGCAAGAAUCACUGAAACAUAUUGCAAAGUCGAUUCAUAAGUUGGAAAAUAAUUCAUUGAUUAAACUUGCAAAAGAGAUUAUUAAACCAAUAAAGCUUGAAGACUUAUUUAAUAUAGACGUUGCCAAAAUGAAAAUGGGAAUACGUUUGGAUGUGUGCAUUCCGAGUACAUGCAUUGAUAAGGACUUAAGAAACAUUGGGAAUUGGAGUAAAUUUUUUGAGUAUAUUCUCGGAGCUUCACCUUAUAAAUCUCUACAUAAUUUAUAUUCGACGAAUCUUGACGAAAGUACAAAGUCGAUGUGCGGUGUAAAAUUUCUUCUAGUAAAUAUUGUGGUGUUGGGACAUGUAUGCGUAUUAGCAUUGUUUUUCCCCACAUUAGGAGAUAAAUAUUCUAAUAUCUUCAAGCACGUGGAUCUUCUUUUAUUCGAAAUUAUUCUCCAAGGCGUCACUAUGAUAGAAGCAUUUUUCUUCUACAGCGGGUUUAUGGUAAUGUAUCUGAGACAAAAAACUGGACGAAACUCUGCGAAAUACUAUAUCAUGUUUUUAGUCAAGCGAAUUAUCAGAUAUACACUUCCGAUAUUCUUCGUUUUGGGCUUCGCAAUUCUUCUGCCUCUUCUUGGAGAAGGUCCUCAUUGGCAUAAUAUUAUUAUUCAGGAAAAACACAUGGAAAAUGAAUGGUGGAAAUAUAUCAGCCAUAUUCAUAUUUACGAAAACGAUGGAUCCAUGGAGUUUUUCAACGUAUUAUGGUUCCUCAGCGUGUUGCUGCAACUUUCCAUCUUAAUGUCACUGUUAUUAUAUAUUGUUGACAGAUGGCCCAGUUUUGGAAGACUCGCCAUAAUUGUAUUAAUGUUAACAGGGAUUAUCAUGUAUAUAGUUGAUGUAGUUUCAAACAGAUAUUACUUGAUGCUUGGAAUACCUGCAGCUUCUGAGUAA